GUGGGUUUUUCUGUCGAUUGUUACGUGUCGCUUUUGUUACAAAUAAAAUCGAGUAAAAAUGGCUCGUUUGUCAAUUUAUUUUGGUUUGAUGUUGAUUUUAAGUUGCGGGAAAAUUUGUUCCUCUGCUCUUACCCCAUUUUCCUUGGAAGAUAAACUGCAAGAAUUAGAAGUGAGACUAGAAGCCAAAAUUGAUGCUAAAAAUGCUCAACUUGAAGAAAAGGUGACGCAACUGGAGGCGCAACUCGAAAUAAAUAAUGAACUAAGACAAGAUUUGGCAUUGAAAGUAAUUCAACUAGAGGCCAAGAAUGUCCAACUGGAAGUCAAAAUUCAGGAUCAAGAAAGAAGAUUAACUUCCCUGUUGGAACCGGCUGAACUUCCGGUUUCCACUGAUUCAAAAUUAUUUCCAAUUAAUAAAGAAAUUUCAAUUCGAUCAACUGGAAAGAGCGGAAUCCCAAGGACAUGCAGAGAACUUCGUGCCGCCAAUCCUUCACUUUCAUCCGGAAUGCACUGGAUCGAUCCGGACGGACAAGGUGUCGGCGAUGACUCAAUUUACGUUUACUGCGAUAUGACAUCAGGAUCGACCUCAAUUGUACACGAUAGUGAAUCUUCUUUAAAUGUGGGCCACUGCGCCGAUCCCGGGUGUUAUUCCCGUUCCAUCAACUACAAUUCGUCAAUGGGACAAAUCAAAGCUUUGAUGGAAUUAUCCACUGAAUGCCACCAGUCGAUUAGAUACGACUGCAACUAUGCCCCAUUCGAGUCAAAUGGCGUCGCCUAUUCCUGGUGGAACGACAGAGAAGGAAAUGCGCAAUACUUUUGGGCCGGAAGUAACACGGACGGAGUUCACACCUGCCAGUGCGGAAUCGAUGCAAAUUGCGUCGAUCCUGCGGCGAAAUGCAAUUGCGAUGCUCUUGUACCACUUCAAUUAGUCGAUGACGGUGUCAUUACCGACAAAAAUGUUUUGCCCGUCACUCGUUUGAAUUUCGGCAGAACUCAACUGGAAACUUCAUCCGGCGUCCACACGCUGGGCCGACUCGUGUGCACCGGACUAGUGACUUUGAGUGGACUGCCAAAGUCCUGCCAAGAUUUGUGGUUGAUUGGCCACACCCUGAACGGAUUUUAUUCCGUCAUGGGAUCGACGAAAAUGGAAUCAGUUUACUGCGAUUUCACUAAACCAACUGACGAUGCGGGUUUCCAGAAAUGGGUUGGAUACGCCGACGUCAAAACGACGCCCGUCUAUUUCUACGUCCAGAGAAAUUCUAAUUUUGAUACAGAAAACAUUCCAAUUCCGUUCAAUUUGGCGCUGAUGAACGAGGGAAAUGCCAUGGACUUGACAUCGGGGAAAUUCACGGCCCCGCGACCGGGAAUUUAUUAUUUCUCUUUCACGGGAGAGGCGUAUCUUUCAUCUAUUGCUGAUUUUUGGUCUUAUCUUUAUUUGAACGGGAAUCGAAUCGGGGCGAGUCGUGUUUCACAGAAUAACGGACCCGUUAAUCAAUUGAAUCCGUUGACCGUCCAGUCGACGCUCAACUUGAAAACAGGCGAUCAACUCUGGGUGACGAUUGAAUAUACUGGUGACUCGUAUUUGCUUGACAACAGUAACCACUACACCCAUUUCACGGGUAUCAUGUUGGAGGAGGAAAUUGGGGCGUCCCUUUGAGGUUCAACUUCAUCGGCGACACGAAAUUUUGGGGAGGGGGAGGGAAGAAAAUUGAUUCGAUUCUUAUUCAUUUAGGGAUUGGAAUUUCUGUACGGAAAUUAAACUGUGGAUGCAAUUACACUUACUGAAUAAACAAACCGAAUUUCAA